UCCAACAUUCGACUUUCUUUCUUUUCGCUCUCGUCUCCUGAACUGCUCUCGCCUCGCUGGCUAUUGUUCAACUUCUCGGGUUUUCGUCUUCGAUUUCCGAAGGCUUUUCUUAGCCGUUUCCAAGACCUUUUUUUCUUCUUUUUUCUUUCUUUUUUUAUGUCUGUUCAGUUUCGGUGACUGUUCGAGGAGAGGGUUCACUGAGGGUUUUGUUUGUGGCUACGGACGAAUUUCGUUUCGUUGCCUUCGAUUUCGGAGUUUUGGCGGUGAAGCUCGGUUCGGGAGAAUUUUGUUGAUUAGGAAGAGGUUUGGUUUUGUUACUUCCUUUUUCGUCUUUGCGCUGCGAAGAAGUUGUGGCAAGGGAGUUAGAGUAUUUGGCCGGACAGGGUGCAAUGGCAGACCUGCCGCAGGAGCCAGUGGUGAAGGAAGAAAGUCGUCGUGAUCGGUCGAGGGACCGAGGCUCUGAGGAUAGACGGCGCGACCGGGAUCGCAGAGAUGAUAGAGAUGAAAGAGGAAGACGGGACGGGGACCGCCGAGACAGGGACAGGGAUUACAAGCGCAGGAAGAGCGGUACGCCUCCCGCUGACGGGUCUUACAGAGACCGACGGCAUAGUCCUCGGAGGUCUUCUCCUCCUUACAAACGUCUCAGGGAUGAUGAGUUUGAUGGCCGCAGAGGGAGUCCUGGGGACGAUCGCAGGUAUGGAGGAUUUGAUGGGGUCAGUGCAUACGGGCGAGGUCGUGGAAGUUUCAGGGAUGGGUCGUUCCCGAGCAUGUACGGUGGUGGACCUCCGCCGCGAAGAGACGGGUUGAUGUCAUACAAACAAUUUAUCGUGGAGCUUGAGGAUGAUAUACUACCUGGAGAAGCCGAGCGCAGGUAUGAAGAGUACAAGUCAGAGUUCAUCACAACUCAUAAAAGGGCUUUUUUCGAACAGCACAAGGAUGACGAAUGGUUGCGUGAGAAGUACGACCCAGCAAGAUUAGAGAUUGUUCUAGUACGGAGAAAUGAAAAUGCCAAGAUUUUAUCUAAGGAGCUGCUAGCUGAGCUUCAAACAGGCUCUCUGGAUCUGGGUCCAAGUGUACGAUCUUCAGCAAAAGAUGACUCGGGGGAUGAUGCAGACGGCAGUAGUAAGAGGAAAAGACCCCCUCAGGAACAUGUGAAAGCCCAGGAAAUCAAUGCGGCUCCAAAAGCACAUCCUGGAAGUUCAGAUCCUAAGAGAGUCCUUAAGGAUAUUGGUAUUGGGCGAGCUCUCGUCAAGAAGUUGGACGCUGAAAAGGGUAUCGAAGGAAAUCUUUUGACAGUAGAUCAGAGCGCUGGAAGUGAGAGGACCAUGGGUGGUGGCUCAGUUGGACCUAUUGUGAUAGUGAGGUCUGGUAAUCAAGUGAAAGGAUUAGAAGGUACUGAACUCCUGGAAGUUGUGCUCACUUAUUUGUGGCGAGUGCACGCUGUGGAUUAUUAUGGGAUGACAGAGUAUAAGGAACAGCCCAAACGGCUUCGGCACAUUAGGCCUCCGGAGGCCAAGAAUAGCGGAGAUCCCAAAAACAACGCAGAAGAGGCGGGCUUUGCUGACUGGGAGAAAAAGUUGGAUACAACUUGGCAGACACGGCUAGAAAGUGGCGAUAUUAUUGUUUCAAUGCUUGGGAGGGAGAAGCUAGAUACGACAGCCAACGAAGCACUAGAUCCUUUUGUGCGUAAGAUCCGAGAUGAGAAGUAUGGCUGGAAGUAUGGAUGUGGUGCCAAGGGAUGCACUAAAUUAUUUCAUGGCCCAGAAUUUGUACAUAAGCAUCUAAAGCUUAAGCAUUCGGACUUGGUUGCUGAUGUUGUCGCAAAGGCUCGAGAGGAGCUCUACUUCCAGAACUAUAUGGGUGACCCCGAUGCCCCUGGUGCUAAUCAAGUGACAUCUUCACAGCCUGGACAGAGAGAUGGUGACAGAGGUCGACGAGGAAGUCAACGACCUGGGUUUUCGGGACCGGUCGGUGGGCCAGGAAACCGAGCAGGUGCUGAUUGGCUGCCUUCUGAUCAUCCUUCGCGGGAUAACAGAUUUGGUCCACGAACUGGUGAAAGAAACGAACAAGGACCAGGAGGCAGGGAAGAAGAACGUUUUGAUCGGGGUGGUCGGGAUGAAAAGGCUCGUUUUGAUCGUGGAGGACUUGAACUUACUCCUCCACCUCGUGACUAUCCUUUGGGAGGUGGUGGCCCUCCUUUCGAAGGUGGUCCGGCUCAAGGAGGACCUUUCGAGGGUGGACCGAUGGAGCCUCCCAUGUUCGAUCAUUUCAACGGCCCUCCUUUGCGAGGGUUACCUGGUGGUCUUUUUGUGCCAGACAUGCCCGGUCCGCCUCAAGUGCUGAUGCCUGUCCCUGGCGCUGGCCCUUUGGGUCCAUUUGUGCCAGCACCCCCUGAAGUGGCAAUGAGAUUUUUGAGGGAAGGUCCUGGGCCGUUUCGCCCUGGGGGCUUUGAUUCUGGUUAUCAAGAGGAAGGACCUCGAGGUGGCAAGAGGGGAGCUCCAGGUCCUAUGAUGGGAGGUGGUAUUUUGGAUAUACCUCCCAUGAUGAUGCCGUCACAUGGCAUGCGCCGCGAUCCACGGGGUGUGCGCAGUUAUCAUGAUCUGGAUGCUCCUGAAGAUGAAGUAAGCGUCAUUGAUUACAGGAGUUUGUAGACAAUAUCUCAUGGUUUUGAUCUGGUGAGAGACCCACUCCUGAUUCCCAUACACAACUAUGCAUUACCUUGAGGUUUUGAACUUCAUGGAAUCCAAGUUUCUGCAUAGGAAUUUGUGACUUCGUAGAUUCUCGUUGAGAGGUCUUAGUUGAAGAUUAACACACAUAUUAUCUACCGUAGUUUUUGUGGAGUAAUUUUCCAGCGGAUACUCUACGCUUUUUAAGCAAAUAGUGACAAAAUUCACUGGCCUUGUGCUGACCAUUGUUUCGAGAUCACAAUUUAGUUUGGGCUUCCAACUUUGUAGACACGGUAGAGGCAGUGAAGUGUGAUUCAUUUUCUGCAGUUAAUUCUUCCUUGAAAGAAAAAUGAUCCUACUGUGAUGAUCAUUUCCGAGUACUUUUCAGCAGCGCAUUGUAUAAUACCCUCACUAAUCAAAUAAAUUAACAGCAGGCACAAUCUUUUAGCAGCUC